AUUUCUCUCGGUCAGUCAGUCAGAGCCAAUCAAACGUGUUAGACCUUAGCCUAUCAGCAGUUACUUGCGCUUUCGUACAUAGUAACAGUCAGCCAGUUCGCUUUUGGAAUCGAUUCCGUGUCGCCAGUUGCUAGUGGGUGAUUAAGUUUCAAAUCAGAAGAAAAAGCUUUUGAUAGUGUGUGACGAAAAACAGGCUUGCAGCAAGCGUGUGAGCUCAUAGCCGAAGAGUUAUUUUCGGAAAAUUGAAAAGCUGUUCGGGGUGUGAGGAAACUAGUGUUUUUUUUCUGUUGAUACCGAGAGCCGUCAGUGUGCUGUCUGAGAAGAAAUCGAUACGACAUUUUCCCGACACAAAUAAUUGGGUUCCGUAGCUGCUAGAAAGCCGGCUAGAAAAUUGAAAAGUGUGCACUUCACGUGUGACAGGUGUGCCGUGUGAGUCAUAGUAAGUUGGGCAGAUUUUUCGCCUGGAAAAAGUGUUUUGCCUCGCGGCCUUCCACUUCCAUAUGUAUAAAUUCUUUGUAAACUCGAACGUAAAAUAUAUAAUAAAAUAAACCACAUUCUGCAAGUCUGGUGUUUGUCGGUUGAACUGUGAAGAACAACGCAUCAACGAAUAAACUGAAAAAAGUACGGAACAGUGCUCUGAAAACCGAAACCAUUUUUUUGCUCGGAUUUUACAAAACAGUUAAUUACAUGUGUAAAUUAGCAGGCAAGAAAAAUUCGAUCCUUCUUGACAACAAGAAACGCGUGAGACUUUUCUUCCGGAAGCCAAAAUACACACACUACUGUUCGGUUUGGUAUAUCAUACAGUCGGCAGCGGUAGCAGCGGAGGAGGAAACGGCCAACGGCGCAGAUAGACGGGCACGGAUCAACUGAGUAUUGAAUCGAUCACUUCAAGCAAACGUCCAACAUUAACUGGAAGAAUUUGAAAGCUCGCACAGUCUAGUCGGUCCCAUUCCAUAUACUCUCUGUUCGAUAGUGCAAACUUCCUGAACUCCAACGUCAAGCCAGACUUAUUGCAAGCCGUAAACUGGCAGGCCAACCGGUUACCUGUGGAAGCGUAUUUGUCCGUCUGAUUGCGAAUCUUUAUAUAAUCCACGAUCGGACAGCAGCGCGUUCCGGUUGCAGCAGAUAUCGCGCGGAGGUAUCGCGAGUGUAACUUUGGGGCGCAAAAGCCGGCUUCAGCUUGAAAGUGCUAGUGCUACCGACCACCUGAGUGUUGAAUCACAUGUGCGGCAAUGUGCUUCAGUGUUGUCUGAAAUAGCGGGAAUAGAAAAAGUAAAGUGCUGACAGGGAGGAAAAUCGACACAGUGGAUAACUGUUCACCGCUGGAGAGUGAGUGAGCUUCUAGAAACACAAGUCUCCGCGGCAGUAUAUGUGCCCAUCUCGGUUACAUUCUUAGCUAUCCUGCCAGUCAAUCGUCUGGAACUGUAAACAGAAAGGCCUAGCUAGGUGUCAGCAGUAUAGUAGUCAAACAACAGUCUGCUGAGCGUUACGGUCAUUAAGCAGGUAAUCUGAGACAAGCGAGGGCAGCUUUCUUCAACCCGGAAGUUUACCAACGGAUUGGACCACAGAAAACUCAACCAUUAUGGAAGGCUAUUGGGAAACACCCAACGGUCACGUAGCGCAUCCCGUCAAAUAUGAAAGUGAAGCAUCCGUGCCCGGAUACUCGUACUGCAGCGAGCAGCUAAAUUUCUCCACAACCAACACCACCUACAGCGAGGAUGACGCCGACUACGCACCCGGUCGCCGGGGAAAAACGUCCAGGCAAGAUCCACUGUCACAUCGAAUAAUAGAAAAACGGCGACGUGAUCGAAUGAAUUCCUGCCUGGCGGAUCUGUCGCGCCUGAUUCCACAGCACUACAUGCGCAAGGGCCGUGGCCGUGUCGAGAAGACGGAAAUCAUCGAAAUGGCAAUCCGCCACUUGAAGAAUCUGCAGAGCCAGGAGUGCGUUCGCGAGUCUUCUUACGCGGAACAGUACCGGUCGGGAUACAACGACUGCCUGACCGAGGCCGCCAAAUUUAUCCUCCGCGAGCGAGGCGAAGAGAUGUGCUACCGGAUGGUGACUCAUUUAAAGGAGCACUGCAAUGAAAUUAUGAAAGGUGAACUGUUAAAAUCCCGUUGUGCUUCCGAGAUACCCAACGGUGGCAGCCCAGUGUACCUGCAUCCAGGACCUUUAUCGCAGCUUCGUGAUAUGCUCUCCUGUCCGUCCGACUUGGAGCACAGCAGUAACGACCAUCACGAUGUGAAGGAUCUGAGUUUUCGCAGCAGCACCAAUAGUAACAGUAGUAAUCCACCUCAAGCCGCCGUUAUCACCUCGACCGCACCGAACAGUGUGCAGCAUCUGGAUACCUCAAGCAAUCACUCGACGGUUGAUUUUGAGGCAUCAUCACCUUCAAGAAUUUCCACCAGUUCCGCAAAUGGACCACUGCAUCACUUCCCGCAAGAUACCAACAACAACAUCAAUGCUCAGCAUGAAAGCGUACUGCGAAACAUUCGUAUGCGAAAGUUCUCAGAGACACAAUCACCAGAGCACGAGCACAACCACAACAGCUACAAGUUCAAGAAUUAUAUUCAGCAGCGCUUCUCGCAGGAUACCCACGGUCACGAGAACGGCCACAUGACGGAUGGCCCGCACAGUCCAUCUUCAAUUCCCGAGGAUCAUACGAUGAAUGAAGCACCAUCGCAAGUUCAAGGCAAUUCCGUUCCCAAUGGCCUAUGUUCGAAGCGUAAAACCGAAUGCCUUCCAAGUGCAGAGGAGAGCGAAGAGCCACUGUCUCUAAAACGAAAGGUAGCCCCCCUGGAAAAAUCUCCGCUACCGAUCGCACAUGAGGGAGAGCACGAUGAGCUUUUCAUGGUAGAAAAAAAGCCCAAAAAUGGCCUGACCGAGUUCAAAACUGAACACCUUGCGAGAAGCGCCUUUGCCUCGUACACUGUUCCAAUCUUUGCCUGUCACACGCAAGGCUUCUACGUGCCACUGAAUGUGGAUUAUGACACUCUACUGCCAUAUCUGAACGGAAUCGACCUGUUUGGCAAAAAUUACACGCAGAUGCCCCCACUGCAUCCCAUCAACAUCAGCGUCAAUUACUCUCCCGCCAGUUUACUGAAAACGGCCGUCAACGGACUAAGUUCGAUCAGCAAGGCCAAACUGGUGGAGGGGAUUGUCACAGCAUGUUAGAAAACGAAAGGGGAAAGAUCUCUGAUAUCUUAACAGCCGUGAAAAAUUCAAGCGAUUGAUCUUUUUCUAAUUAUUGUUGGUGUAAAUCAACAGUUUCCUGAAAAUUUUUGUUCAACUUGUACUUGUUGCGAUCAAGCGAACAGGAUUAUCCGUAACUGCACAGUAUAAGAACAUCAACGAGAGAGAAAAACAAACCCCAAACCCAAAAAGUGCAUUUUUGCCAUUUCUAGUGCAUUUGUCCAUUUCUUUUUAAUACGUAACUAUCCGUGAAUUGUUUUGAUUGGAAGACAUUAUGUAGUGCUGCAUACUUAAUAGUAGAUUUGCAGCUGUAACAAAAGUGUGAAAUUACAAUGCGGUUGAAAGAUCAACAAAUACGUUUCAUUAAAGCAUAAGAACACAAACAAGUAGGAAUUCCAUUGCUAACGCUGAAGAACCAAGUAACUGACUUAUAACAAAUAAAUUUAUAAAAUCAAAGUAUGUGUAAAUGUAUAAUUAAACUCAGGUAUACACUAUUUUUUAGCGAAACAUAGAACAUGCCUAUGCAGGAUUUAGAUAGAAAAAAGAUAAAUCAAAUGAACGUGACGAACUGGUAGUAGGCACUACUGAUACGUAUGUUGAGCUGUUGGAAAAAGAAAACAGGAUAUGAUCAUAGAAACACACAGUAUAAUGCAUAGCAUCCAUCUGAAAAGGAAGGAACAGAAUAGAAUUCAUUCAAUAGACUAUCCUACCUUCGUUUGUGGAAACAGUCAGUGCAAUUUUCAGCAACAGCAAACAGGUCGCAUGUUUCAAGAAAAUAUUUUUUUCCACUGUCAAACGAAAGUAAAUAAACAAAAUUUUUGUAAUCUGUGAUACUCAGUAACAACAGAAAUGAAAAAAAAAUGAUGCAACGAUGUAGCAGACUAGCGGAGAACGAAUGCUGUUCUAGUAAAAAUGUGAGCAGAAAACAAAACAACCAUAAUCGCUAUGUAUUGUAAACCAACCAGUCGCUUUUUGUCUUGUAUAUUUGUCUAACCGAAAGCGGAAAACAACAAAACGGCCCGAAAAGCUAAGAAUAGGAAACGUUUUUACUACCACACAAAGUGAAAGAAGACAAGUGCUGUAAAUAAUGAUAGAAAGUCAACCAAAUAAAUUGUCAUGAAUAGGAAACUGUGCAUUUUUCGUUAUGAUAUCGAAAUUUUGUGUGAACUGCCUAUCGAUCGGUUAUUGCGAAAACAUCCCUCGUGUUUCUGAUGAAUUAAAUUUAUCAAUUUGAA